AUGCGCCGCGGUGCCUCCUCGGACAUUGACUUUGACAAGAAUGCCCCAGCUGGAGGUUUCCGUCUCGUCGGUGAUUCGGGUGUAUCGGCACAGAUGAUGUUCCUCGGCACUAAGAACACCGUCUACAUCCUCGACAAGACCGAGAACAACAAGAUGAGCAUUACUACCAACGGCGUCACUCACCCUGCAUGGGGCACUUCGUACGACCUACGCACCAACGUCGCAACUCCCAUGGAGGUUACUUCGAACAGUUUCUGUGCAGGUGGCUUCAACCUCGGUGACGGAUCGUUUGGCACAUGGGGUGGCAACCAGCCAGUCACGUACAAUGGCGUCGCCGUCAACGACAAGAUUGCCAACCCCUCCGGCGCCGACCCAUACAAGGGUACCGACGGCGGUCGGGCUGUCCGUGUCAUCUCUCCCUGCGAUGACGGUACUUGCGGCUGGCAGGAAGGCGGUGACGCCUUGACAAUGGCCAAGAAGCGCUGGUACCCCACCAUUGAGGGCCUCGCCGAGGGCAACGUCAUGGUUAUCGGUGGCGAUGAGAACGGUGGCUACGUUAGCACCUUUGCUCAGAACACGCCUUCGUGGGAGUACUGGCCCAAGCAGGAGUCGGGCGCCAUUCACAUGGACUUCCUCAACGACACUGUCCCAGUCAACCUCUUCCCUCUCACCUGGCUCCUGCCCAGCGGCAAGGUCUUCCUCCAGGCUGCUUACCGCACCAUCCUCUACGACAUCCCCACUCGCACCGAGUACAACCUCCCGGACAUGCCCUACGCUCAGCGCGUCUACCCCGCCUCGGGUGCAGCCAUCAUGCUUCCUCUCACUCCAGAGAAUGGCUACUCGGCCGAGCUUCUCUUCUGCGGUGGCUCAAACGUUGACCUGAGGAACUCGUCUGACGGCGGUGCGGGCUUUGAUGUCACAAAGGUCCCUGCCGACAACACUUGUGUUCGCAUCCGCCCCGACGACCCCAACCCGGUGUACACCGACGACGACAACCUUCCUGAGGGCCGCAGCAUGGGCCAGCUCAUCUACCUCCCGGACGGCAAGAUGUGGAUGGGCAACGGUGUUGCUAUGGGCACUGCUGGUUACGGCAACAACAACUUCUCCAUCGGCCAAAGCUAUGGCCAGGAGCCGCUUUACAUGCCCGCCGUCUACGACCCCAACGCUCCUUCGGGAUCUCGUUUUGACCGUGCUGGCCUCUCCGCUUCGGGCGAGGAGCGCAUGUACCACUCGACUGCCAUUCUUCUUGCCGACGGCGCUGUUCUGAUCUCGGGCAGCAACCCCAACGCCGAUGUCACCGAUGUCCAGUGGGGCACAAAGUACAGUGUUGAGAAGUGGUACCCUACGUGGUACAACAAGAAGCGUCCUCAGCCCAGCGGUUUCCCCAAGUCGCUCUCCUACGGUGGCCCCUCGUGGAACCUCACUUUCACCGACAAGAAGGCCGACCCCAGCAAGGUCAAGGUUACUGUUGUUCGCACGGGCUUCAGCACGCACGCCAUGAACAUGGGCCAGCGCUACCUUGAGCUUGAGACUUCGUUCUCGCACGACCUUGAGACUGGCGAGAUUACCAUGAUUGUUUCGCAGAUGCCUCCCAACCCGAACGUCUUCCAGCCUGGAGCUGCGAUGAUCUUCCUGGUUGUUGACGGCAUCCCCUCGAUGGGAGAGAUGGUCAUGAUUGGCAACGGCAAGAUCGGGCCCCAGCCCGUCCUCGGCCGCACCGCUCUUCCCGAGCCCCUUGUGCUCGCUGCUCCCGAGCCCGUCGCCACCACCGCGGGCACAUCCAAGCCCUCGACAUCGAACGGCGUGCCCGACAUUGACUCGGCGGCCAAGAAGCCCGCGGCGUCGUCGGCGUCAGGCCUCGCCGCCUCGCUGCUCACGCUGGCUGCCGGCCUGGUGGGCUCGAUCGCCUGGAUGUAA